AUGCACUAUCAUUCUAUGAUAGAGCGCUGGGAAUUCGAUGGCAACCCUGAAUUUCUAUACAUGAAUGUCAUCUUCCAGGAUGGCGACGACUACUUUUCGGCCCAGGUGCCCGAACUAGUUGCGCACCCAGAGGAUCUCCCCCCGGUUAUCGACCAAUCCGGCCUCCAGAAGAUUCCGCUAGAGCACAUUUGGCCCCUGCUAGAAGAUAAUCUCACAGAAUGCCUCGACUUUGAGAAGCCGGACGUCUACAUCAAGCGGCCCCGGCUCACUGGCUACGACGGCUCAGCAUCACUCAGCUUAUACCUGCUUCAAGAAGCGCGAAUCUGUCAGAUUUUGAUGAGAAAUCCACAUGAAAACGUCGCCGGUUAUCUUGGCUGCAUGGUAAAGGCCGGCCGGAUUACUGGGCUUUGCUUCCGAAAGUACGCGGAGACGCUUGAGGACCGCCUUCGGGACGGGCGCUCGGUCAACCAGGAAGUGUGUCUCCAGCACAUCAAGGCAGGCAUCGAUCAUCUCCAUGCUCUUGGUCUUGUCCAUAACGAUAUUCACCUGGACAACGUUAUGUUCAGAUGCCGAGAUCAUGACAUGCCAGUGAUCAUUGACUUCGAUUCGUGUGCCGUUAAAGGAAAUCCACUCCCGGACAAGCGUGGCGAAUUGCCUGAAGGUAUCUGCACUGCGGAGUUUGAAAAUGAUGAUUUUGCUUUGAAGAAGCUCCGGAAAGAACUUGAUUUGAGAGGAAUGAAUGAGGGCUUGUUCAAGAAAUGA